UACUGCAUUAUCUUUUUGAAGCUAUGACCCUGCUCUGCUAUCUCCUCUGUCCUUCACCUUCUCUCCAAUAGUUACCGACCCCAUUAAUGGCAGCAACGCCACUUCAAACACCAAAAUAAAUGCCUUUCUCAGUCACCAGACUAUCACAUUUUCAACUACCUCACUUGUUUUGUCCCAUUUCAACACACGUUCACCAUUCAUUGAAGCCGCAAUUUGUGCCCUUCCAUUGUUACACUUACCAAGGUCCUGUUUCCCCUGUUCUGCUCUGUUACCCUCUGCAUUCAUUCACCUACCAAUAAAUGGGUUCUUCUUUCUUUCUCCCGACAGGUGCAGGUGCAGGUGCUCCAUGGUUUAAAGUUAAAGAUUUUACAAACCCAAGUCCGUGAACAAUGUCCAAGUUUCCUCUUUUUCCUUGUUGGUUCUCUUUAAUUGUAAAGUUAGAGUUGUUGAUGCUGUGAUCGAAACCGUUGACAGGGUUUUGAUAAAAAGGGUGUGUGAAUGUGAUUUCGGUCACUCUGUUUGAAAGUUUUUGGAGUCUCUGGGGCUAUAAUUGUGACUGUCUUAGUUGUGUUUGUCUAUGAUAUCUUCAAAUUUCUGCGAUAAAGUUAUGGUUUUUAGGGUCUCUGGCAUUGCAACUGUGGUCGCAUGGGCUGUGUUUGUCUGUGAUUUCUUUUAAUUUCAAGAACUGUGUGGCGAAACUGUAACCGCAAGUGCAAUUUAGAAUCUUCGCUGUUCAACAGAAAUUUCUUCAGGGUGGUCUACUUUUGACUUCUUUGAGGUUUGAAGGAUCUGUUUUGAGUCUUUGGGCAUUCAUCAAAUCUGAUGCGUUAUGUUCCAAGGUGGUACAAUGAGACAGUUUUGCUACCUUUAUCUUGUUGUUCUUUCAUGGUUCUUUUUCAUCCCAAACACUUAUGAGUUACAAGCUGCUCAGACACAAGCAUUGCUGCAGUUAAGAGUUCAUCUAGAGUAUCCCUCCUCUUUACAGAUAUGGCAAUAUUACCAGGGGGACCUUUGUACGCUCUCUCCAUCUGCAAACCUGAGCAUUAAAUGUGAAGAUGAUGAGGUAACCGAGCUUAAAAUUACGGGUGAAAAAUCUUCGAAGCCACCACGGUUCAAUGGAUAUCCAGUUCCUAAUCACACUCUAUCCAUGAAUUUCUCCAUUGAUUCCUUUUUCAUCACUUUGACAGAGUUGACCACCUUAAGGGUUCUUAGCUUGGUGUCCUUGGGGAUUUGGGGGCCACUUCCUGAUAAGAUUCACAGUUUCACUUUGCUUCAAGUUUUGGACUUGAGUUCCAAUUUCUUAUUUGGAGCCAUUCCACCUAAAAUAUCCACAAUGGUAACGCUUCACACACUGACCCUUGAUGACAAUUAUUUUAACACCACUAUGCCCGAUUCCUUUGAUUCUCUGUCCAAUCUGAAUAUCUUGAGUAUGAAGAGCAAUGGCUUAAAGGGUUCAUUCCCCUCCUCACUGGGAAAUAUUAAGACACUUGAAGUUAUUUCCUUGUCCCACAAUGAGUUGUCUGGUGACCUGCCUGGUCUCAGUUCUCUCACUGGCCUACAUGUUCUGGAUUUAAGAGAAAACCAUUUAGAAUCUGAACUACCAUUGUUGCCAAAAUAUGUGGUCACUGUGCUGCUUAGCAAUAACUCAUUUUCAGGAGAGAUACCUAAGCAGUUUCAAGAACUGGAUCAGCUUCAACAUCUUGAUCUUUCUUCAAAUUUUCUCAGUAAGACACCCCCAUCUGCCUUGUUUUCUCUGCCAGAAAUAAGUUAUUUGAAUCUGGCAAGCAAUGUGCUAAGUGGGACCCUCCCAGACAAACUUAACUGUGGUAGCAAACUUGGGUUUGUGGACAUUUCUCGUAACAAGCUAAGUGGUGGACUUCCUUCUUGCUUGGCGAAUACAUCUGACAGUAGAGUUGUUAGAUAUGCUGGAAACUGUCUAUCUGUUGACUCUCAGAACCAGCACAGAAGGUCUUAUUGCAAAGAAUCCACCUCUGGAUGGAAAAGCUUCAAGACAUGGGAACUAGCUGUAGUAAUGGCCAUCGUUGUUGUACUUGUUCUUGUGGUUUUGGUUUCUAGCGUCUUCUUAUGGAAAAAGUACCAUUCCAGAAAGACAACUGGGCAAGAUAACUCCUCGAUAGCAGUUCCGUCAGAGAUACUUGCAAAUGCCAGAUUUAUUUCUCAAACAGUGAAGCUAGGGACACAAACUAUUCCAACCUGUCGGCAAUUUUCAAUAGAGGAAUUGAAGGAAGCCACAAAAAACUUUGAUUUGUCAACUUAUAUUGGUCAAGGCUCCAUGGGGAAGAUGUACAAAGGUAAACUGGAGAAUGGAUCCUAUGUGGCAAUACGGUCUUUGGCUCUGUCAAAGAAAUGCUCAAUUCAAACUCUCAGAGCUAAAUUGGAUUUACUCUCAAAACUUCAUCAUCCAAAUUUGGUUAGCCUUUUGGGUCAUUGUAUUGAUGGUGGAGGACAAGAUGAUUCCAAUUCCCAUAAACUUCAUCUUGUGUAUGAGUAUGUGCCAAAUGGGAAUUAUCAUGCUCAUCUCUCAGAAUUUUCUGUAGGGAAGGCACUUAAGUGGUCUGAUAGAUUGGCAAUUUUAAUUGGAGUUGCAAAGGCAGUGCAUUUCUUACAUACUGGUGUUAUACCUGGCUGCUUUAGUAACCUACUGAAGACAAAAAAUGUCUUGCUUGAUGAAUACUGCAUUCCAAAACUAAGUGACUAUGGUAUGUCCAUCAUCACAGAAGAAAUUGAAAAGUUUGAGGCAAAGGGCGAGAAAUCAAAGCCAUGCCUAAGGACAAAAGCAGAUGAUGAUGUUUAUAAUUUUGGAUUCAUCCUGUUCGAAUCACUUGUUGGACCCAUAGCAUGCGACAGAGGUGAAACAUUUUUCCUAAAUGAAAAGGCAUCGUUUGGGAGUCAAGAUGGUAGAAGAAAGAUUGUGGAUCCGAUAGUGUUGACCACUUGCUCUCAAGAGUCUUUAUCAAUUGCAAUAUCAAUAACAACCAAAUGCAUUUCUCCAGAAUCUUCCCUUCGUCCCUCUUUUGAGGAUGUCUUGUGGAACUUACAGUAUGCAGCUCAAGUCCAAGCCACAGCAGAUGCAGACCACAAAUCAGAUUAAUUCUACAUCACAUCAUUUUUUUUAGGUCAAAGAGUGUAGUGGAGGAGACUCAAUUACACCUUUAACGACUUUAGAUAUUUUAUUGAGUUUUUUUGGGUAUUCUCUUCUGCUGAACAUUACCAAUACAUUGAUGUUGAUGUUUUAAAAAUCUUUUAAAUAUAUUUUAAAACAUCAAAAUCAAUAUGUAUUUUGAAAGUACAACAGAAGAAUUAUACAAAAAAAAUUCAAUAAAGAAUCUAAAUUCUUCCUUCUUUAACAAUGUUGUUGAAGAAGUCAAUGAUCUAUAACUAAAAAACACAAUGCAAAUAUAAUGAUAUAAUUGUAAACAUGCUCACCCCAUUCCUAUUUUUUGUGUUUCUUCUAGAGCUUUUAUAAGACUUAGUUAGAAUUCAUGAUUAGCCCUAUGGAGCAAAUCAUGAACUUGACUAAUGUUGAUAGGAUGAGUGUUCUUAGAAGAUAUUUGGUGGAAAUUGUAGUUUGUAACCAUGGAUUAUGGAAGGUAAAAUUCAAAGUGUUACAAUUGA